UGGUGUAUAUUAGCCCCAGCGGAAACGGCCAUAGCUUUUCGUCGUCCUUUUUUCUCUCACUACAUCCUCAGCAGCCCGUCUGGUGUGUUCGUGCGCUCCAUCGCUCUCCCAAUUUCGAGUAUCCGUCUCUCCAAUUUCUUUAUUUUUUAUUUGUGCACUCGCUUCCAGCUCUCCCCCCCUCCUCUCCACACUCCUCAGCCACUACACACACAAGACACUCGACCACCGUGUCAACGCCAAUCUACUCCGCAAAUCAAACGAGGUGUCAUCGCAAAAAGGACAUUGUUUCCAAGUGUGGCCCAGUAUAUAAAAAAAAAAACUGUCAGUGAAAAUUUGCAUGUGAAAAAAAAAGAGAACAAAAAACAAAAUUCGUCGACAAUUGAAAAGUGAGUGAUCAAGUGGCUUCUUUAAAGAGAACAUCUAGCAGCCAAAAAAUAGCCACAACUAGUCGUCGAUCAAAAACAAAAACAAACAAAGAAAAACUCAAUUAACGGACAUGUGCGACGAAGGAUCACCGUUUGGACUGUCGAGCGCUUUAGACCGGUUGAACGCCAUGAAUGCGUCCAUGUCAUCGCCGAGCCUAGCGGCCCAGGUGGCGGCCUAUCACCACCAACAGCAGCAGCAGCAGCAGCAACAACAACAGCACCACCAACAGCAGCAGCAACAACAUCAUCAACAGCAGCAGCAGCAGCAGCAGCAGCAGCAGCAGCACUUGCAACACCAACAAAGCCAACAGCUUGUGCGCAAUCAUCACAUGAUGCAGAGCUCUCUGGCGCACCAACACGCAGCCGCCGCCCAUCAUUUUGCGGCUUUCGGGCCGGUCGGUGUCCAUCAGCCGCAUCACCACCCGUCAGCCCAGCAUCACGUCGGCAACGUCCUCAAUUCGGUGCCGUCAUCCCCCGAGUCGUCGCCAUCGAGUUCGCCGAUUCCGCAUCAUCAACACGGCCAGCCGUUGCGCGAUCAUUCCAUCGGAUCGCUGUCCAUGAGCUCCGGAUCGUCCAUGAUCCACCACCAGCAAUCGAUGGUGGCUGGCAUGACGAUGGGGGGCAACAAGGGCGGCUGCGGCAAUAACAACAAGAACGCAGAGGAUCACAUCAAGAGGCCCAUGAACGCCUUCAUGGUCUGGUCUCGUCUGCAGCGCCGCAAGAUCGCGCAGGACAAUCCGAAAAUGCACAACUCGGAAAUAUCCAAACGACUCGGCGCUGAAUGGAAACUGUUGACCGAAGAUGAGAAGCGGCCAUUCAUCGACGAAGCCAAACGUCUCAGAGCACAACACAUGAAAGAACACCCCGACUACAAAUACCGACCCCGUCGCAAACCAAAGACACUUCGCAAAGAUGGCUACCCUUAUUCGCUACCUUAUCCAUCCGUUUCCAUGGACGCGCUUCGUGCAGGUAUGGCCAAUCCAAUGACGCAAAUGAACUCUUACUAUCCGGGGGCUGCAGCUGCCUACAGCUCAUUGAGCGCUGCUAGCAUGGCCGCCGCUGCAGCUGCUGCUGCCGCCCAACAAAAUGCCAUCGCCGGUCUUGGCCAAUCCAAAUUCACAACAGGUGGGCUCAUCGCUGGAUCGCUAUUCAGUCGAAGCGGAAAAAUAUCGCGCUGCUGCCGGUUACAUGGCAGGUCAUCACAAUCUUUACGGUCACGGCGCCGCACCGGUCGACCCCGUAACGGCCGCUGCCGCUGCAAAGUACCUGGAAUCGUCCGGCAAAGGAUUCAACACGAGCGGAAGCAGCAACGACGGUGGCUCGCAAAAGGGCUCCGCAUUUCUAGCGGAAUUGAGCGGAGGCAAAGCGAGCGACAGCGGCAACUACCCGAACAGCAACAACAACAAGAGCUACUCUGAGAACGGCAGCAAUAGCGACAAUUCGGCCGCAGCAAAGGCCUACCUAGAGACGGCCAAACUGUACAUGGAUUCGAAAAAUUACGCGGCCGAAGUGCAGAGGGCCUACAUGGACGCGGCGGCCAAAUCCAUCUUACGGCGACGGCAAGAAUGUUCAACACGACCAGCACAACAGCAGCAGCAACUCUGAGGCGGCGGCGCUGCAUCGAUGGACGGCUCAGGGACCAUCAAGGGCGAACGCUCCGAUGGAUCCUCUCCGUCGGCCAUCCAUUCGUCCAGCUCUCCAUUCUCAAACCCGUCGGCUUUGGCCAACUAUUACAGUCAAGCGGCCGCGGCGGCCGCUGCCGGACAGGCCGCCAGUAGUUCUGUGGCCAACGGUGCGGCCGCCGCAGCGGCCCUUUCGGGCAUCGUUCCUCUCUCCUUAUCGCAAUACGCCCCGCCCACCGGAACCUACCCAUCACCUGGCGAGUACAGACGACCAUUACCCGUCAUUUUCUAAAGGAGAUUUUCAAUUCUUUUCGAAAAAAAAAAAAAGAGAGAGAAACCAUUCCCUACACUUUAGCUGUCAAAUAACUGCAUCGCGUUGAUGCGUUACGACAUGAUUCAGCAUUGAAAUUUCCUUCUUGUUUUUGUUGCUUUUUUCUUGUUUGACAAAAAGAAAAGAAAAGAAAAGAAAAAAAUCUUUGCUACAAUAGCCUGUAAGUAGAACAGUUUCAAUUAUUUUGACGGUUGAAGUGUUUCCCAUUGAAACGAGAUUCCGAGAAAUUAUUAGAAGAUAAUAAUGGGAAAUAGAUUCAAAGGGCGUCUUUAGUUAGAAACCUUGAGGGAUACGCCCCCCCCCAUCUGCUUUUCAUCCUUCAAUCUCUGAAACAAAAGCAAAAUGACUUCAACACCAUUCUAAUAUCUGUGAUUCGUGUCGUAAAGUUUGUCUGCCCUACGCAGAACAAAACAAAAAUAUAUACAUAAAAAAAAAAAAACGCAAAAAACAAACAAAAACAGAUUCAAAACAAAUAGAACAAAACAAAGUAAUGAACUCAAAUUUUCAUUGAAUAAGAAUGACAAUGUCCUUUCCCCCAUCCCCUCUCCUGCCACUCCCUACGUGAUUUUUUUUUAAAAUCUGGAACGUAUUUCACGAAAUUUCAUUUGCAAACAAGGUAACACUCCCCUCCCACCCCAAUCACGCUGUAUUAACUCUUAAUUGGAAUUUGUUAUUAACCAUAAAAGUAAAUAAAAUAAAAUCGAUUUCUUGGUUUGACGUUUGCACUUUGAUCGUCUUAAAAAAAAAGAAUUUAAAAAAAGAAAAAAAAAAAUGUAAACAACCACAGCUUUGAUGUUCCUCACUUGUGUAUUUGGAAGAGAAUUUUAGUUUUUUUUUUCUAAUUUAAUGCAAUCGUUUAAAAAAAAAAUUUGUUCUCUUGAUUGUGAUUUCCCAAUGUUUCAAAUUCGUCUCGCCUCCAUUUCAUUAUGUUUGGCUAUUUGUGUUACGCUCCCAUUCCCUACUGUUCCAUCAUGUCGGUCGAAAUUCAUUUUUGUUUUCUUCUUCUUCUUCUCACAAUUCAAAUCGAUUGCAAUUUUCCGUCUUCGACUUCACACGUUUCGUUUCUUUUAUUUUUUGUUGUGUGCAUUGUUUGUUAUGAAAUAAAAUUCCUUGGACGACAGGAAACCACAAACUAUACAUACGCCAGUGUAAUCGACUCAUUUGACUACACGUCCCCAACUCUUGCGAUAAUUCGUCGUGUUGCAUAGAAAUCCUGACAACAAAAUUCCUCUCUUUCUUGUUGAUCCUCUUCCCCCCCCCCCCGUCCUGUUUCAUUUAAGUUUCCAUUCGAGAUUGUCUUUUUUUCUGGCCUCUCUCUCUCUCUUUUUAAAAAUUGAAUAUUACCUAUCGUUGUACAGCCCUCCCUUUCGAGAGAAAAAACAAAA